AUGAGUUAUUUGCCCAAUGUUCUAACGAGUUUCGACCGUUCAUUUCGCUCCAAGCAUGAUUUUAAUGCCAGCAAAGGUAACCUGGGUUUUUUAUUCUUUUAUCUUUUUAGAGAAUGAGAAGAAAAACUUGUUGACCAUCACCAAGUUGGUGUUGAACACCUUUCUGGAGCGAUCGAUUAAGGGGAAACGAAACUUUGAAGCGGAUUCGCAAGAGCUUAGUGACCUCUUAAUCAUGUUGGAGAAGAUUUUAUUGCAUGGACUCAAAAAGAGCGGUAUUUUGUUGCGCAGGAUUAUAUAUAAUUUUCAGUUAUGAAAAAACCAGAGCAACUUUUGUGGGAGGCCAUUUUAGCUACAGGAAAUGUGAGAAGGGAUUUGGGAGAAUGCGUUUCCUGCAUUUCUGGAUUGGAAAGCUUGAUGUAGGUAUAAUAUUCAAUAUGUCUUACGGUUUUUUACUUUUAGAACCCCGAUUGUACGGCUUAGAGCUUUUUUGCGUUUGUCUGUGAUGCAAAAGAAGCUGGGUGAAUAUAUUCAGUUAUUUCUAUCGUCUGAAUCUUUUCUGAAAGCAUAUGAACCAUCCGCAUUGGUGAAGGAAGAUGAAAUUGAAUCGUUGGCAGGAUCCCUGCUUGGUUUGGGAGUUUUUGAUUGCAAUCUGGUCUUAGAUUAUGACCAUUUACGAGUAAGUGUUUACUGACAUAGUCUAAUUUUCUUUGUUUUAGGAACAAACAAUUGUUUUUGAUUUGGCUCCUUAUGUAAAGAUACCGACAAUUAUGACAUCGCCUGAAUAUCAAUCCAUAACAGAGGAAGAAGAAGAACUGAAGACAAUUUUGGACCAAAAAAAUUAUCUUGAAGAGCAUAAUCGUCAAUUAAUGUAAGGUACCUAAACAUAAAUCAAGAAUUUUAAUUUAGUGCAAGGUUAGAAGCAAUAACAAACAUCAGCAAAGAGGUUAGUAAACGUUAGUUGUUCCUAUUUAUUUUUUAUUGAAGAGUCCCUCUGUUGACAAAUCGCUCAUAUUUACUGGUCGAAUCCGAGAUUUGGAGAGUAAUGUUGAGACUCUAAAUCAGAAGCUGGUAAAGAAAGAAGAAGCACUGAGAGCGGCCAAUUUACUGGCCACCAAAAGGCUCUCGGAUAACAGAAAAUUGGAGAAGAAACUGAACGAACUUCAAGAAAAGUUGGCUGAAUUUCAACUCCGACGCGACGAAAAUUGGGUUGAGAAAGAGGUGGGCUGAUUCUUAAAAAGGAAUUUAAGAUACGAUUUUUGAAUUUCUGACCGGCGAAUUAGCCGAGGACAUAGGCAGAAAUUGCUUUUGAGAUUUUCGCAUGAAAUUGACUGUUGGUAGGUGCUAACCAAAAGCGAACAAUGUUUUUUCUAACUCGAAAAAAAACUUACAGCGUAAAAUUCUAAUAUAGAAGCAAUGAAAAAAGGUUUAGCUGCGACAACUUUUGCGUUAUAAUUUUUAGUGGUAGGGCCUUCAUACAGAGUUCCGGGCGGGUGAAAAUAUUGAAAAAAGACCGGCAAUUGGUUUUAACGUAAGAAUGAGGGUAUAUGACGGAAAUCGUCCCUGCUUUUAGAAACUCGCAACUCUCAGUUUCCAACAGUUAGUCAGUUCAGAAACAAGAGAUCCUGAUGAGAACUUGCUAAAGGCUGAACUCGACAGAAAAGCUGAAGAAAUCGCUGAAUUAUCUUUUGUUCUAAGCGAAAAACAAAAAGAAUUAAACAAGUACAUGGAAAAGGCCAGUCGACUGGAGAAUAGAUGUGUUUUACUACAGGAACAAGCCGAUUCUUCAUUUUCUUUGGAAGCAGUAAGUCUUAAAAAAUUUGAAUAUAAUAAUAAUGACGAUGAUUAGGAGCUGAAUGAACUGAAGAGUCGAUUGGAAGAAGCAGACGAAAAGGCUCGAGAUUCAGAAAGGGCAUUGGAAGAGCUGGGAGGGCAUUUGUCGGAGUAAGUAGACUUUUUGAAGCCACGUAUUUUUGUUCAGAUCAAAGUUGAAAGUCAUCGAAUUGAAAGAGGAGUUGCUACCCCUUUCCGAAGCUGAAUGGAAAAAAGAUAGAGAAGUUAGUAAUUGUAAAAUUUGUGAUUUGGCCUUCUCCGUGACUCAACGAAAACAUCAUUGUCGGUAAGUAGUUUAUUUUAAAAUUUUGUAUCUGACAUCUAUCUGCGUCGUGUUUCAGCAAAUGUGGAUGGAUCUUCUGUCACGGCUGCAGUGAUUUUCGAAUUAAAUUGCCUUCAAGUUCAAAGCCAACCCGAGUCUGUGAACACUGUUACGUUCUUCUUCGCUCGAGCGGAAGUUUCGGUUCUAGCAAUUAA